UGGCGCCCUUACGCCGCAAUAAACGUGACUUCCGUUUAAAAAAAAAAAAAAAGCGAGUGUGGGUUAUGCGCAAUCAAAAGGCGGUACGUGAUUUGCGCAGCGGAACGCGGAAGGGGACUCGCUUCUGUCUUGGUACGUAAUUCCGAGUCGCUGUGUACCGGGGGGUGGGCCCGGUUCCCGUGGAAUGCUGCCCGUGUUUUCCUUGCUGUGGGGAUACGGGAGUCGCCCGGCGGCUGGCGGGCACACGCACACACGCCACUGGCUUCAACGUGGAUAGAAGCGGCCACAGCGGAAGACGUGUUGCUCUCGAACGGCUCGGAGAUGCGGACCCACGCGCGCGCGCCCGUGUGGUUUGAUUAGUCCAUUCAUUCCUCAGCUGCUCGGUUCACGGCGAGGCGUUCACGGACUUGUCACCGCAUCUCUUUUGGGGUCGGAGGACGAGGCUGACGAGGCGGUUCUCCAGUCGGAGGGCAUCGACUAUGGGCGGGGAGGAGGAACCGAUGCAGUGGUUCACGUCCAGGCAGCGUCAAAACCCAGGGCAGUGAUGCCUGGCAUGGUGAUGUUUCGGCGGCGCUGGUCAGUCGGCAGUGAUGACCUGGUGCUGCCCGCCCUCUUCCUUUUCCUUUUACACUGCAUCUGGUUGGUGGUUCUGUCCGUGGUUUUGUUCGGCCUUCCUUAUGGCUCGGACCAGUCCUGCUCUAUAACCCUGGUGGACCACGGCCGAGGGUAUCUUGGCAUCUUGGUCAGCUGCCUCAUCUGUGAGAGCGCCAUCAUGUGGUUGAGCAUGAGGGGCAGCAUCCUGUACACGCAGCCCAGGGAAGCUGUGCAGUAUGUCAUCUAUAUCCGACUUGCUAUCCUGUUGGUUGAGCUCGUGUAUGCGGUGGUGGGAAUUGCCUGGCUUGUUCAGUAUUACCAGCCAUGCUCUGAUGUCACCGCCAAGAACCUGGCUUUGGGGAUUGUUGCAUGCAACUGGCUGGUAAUAUUCAGCGUCUGCAUCACUCUCAUGUGCACUUUUGAUCCAACUGGUCGGACAUUCGUCAAACUGAAAGCAACUCGCCGCCGUCAACGAAACCUCACAACUUACACGCUCAGACACAGACUUGAGGAAGGUCAAGCCAGCAGCUGGAGCAGAAGACUAAAAUUCUUCAUGUGCUGCACAAGAGCACAGGAUACACAAUCAGAUGCAUAUUCAGAGGUGGCAAGCAUUUUUGCAGAGUUCUUCCGAGACUUGGACAUUGUGCCGAGUGAUAUUAUUGCUGGAUUGGUACUCCUGCGUCAGACGCAGAGAUCUAAAAGAUCGUUUAUAUUGGACCAGGCAAACAAUGAUAUAUUAGCCUUCCUUUCUGGGAUGCCUGUUACACGAAACACUAGAUAUUUGGACCUGAAGAACUCGACCGAAAUGGCCAUGUACAAGGAUGUGUGCGACUACAUGUUGUUCGCUCUCGCUGCGUACGGCUGGCCCAUGUAUCUGAUGAGGAAGCCAGCCUGCGGACUUUGCCGCCUCGUUAGCACCUGCCCCUGCACGUCCGUGUCCGGCUCGCGUUUGUCCCAGUCAGUGACAGUGGAGGAGGACAAUUGUUGUAGUUGUAACGUUUUGGCCAUACGCAGAUAUUUCCUGGACGAGGAGCGCAAGCAAGUUCACAUUGUCUACACGUCCUGCCAUGAUGCUGUUUACGAGACGCCAUUUUUUGUGGCAGUGGAUCAUGAGAAGAAAAAGGUGGUCAUCAGUAUCAGAGGAACCCUAUCUCUAAAGGAUGCUUUGACUGAUCUGACGGGGGAUUCUGAGCGUUUGCCGGUGGAGGGACAACAAGGGACCUGGCUUGGUCACAAGGGGAUGGUUUACUCAGCAGAGUACAUCAAGAAGAAACUGGAGCAGGAGAUGAUAUUGUCACAAGCCUUUGGGAGAGACUUGAACAAGGGCACCAUGCAUUACGGGCUGGUGAUUGUUGGCCAUUCUCUUGGUGCCGGCACUGCUGCUAUUCUCUCCUUCAUGCUGAGACCCCAGUAUCCCACACUUCACUGCUACUCUUACUCCCCACCCGGUGGCCUCCUGAGUGAGGAUGCCAUGGAGUACUCCAAAGAGUUUGUCACCUCUGUGGUACUCGGAAAAGAUCUGGUGCCAAGACUGGGCUUGUCGCAAUUGGAGGGGUUCCGUCGCCACCUUCUAGAAGUCCUACAGAAAAGUAACAAGCCAAAGUGGAGGAUCAUUGUGGGAGGCACCAAAUGCAUCCCAAAAUCGGAGCUUCCACUUGAAGAGGAUGAUCCUCCGACUCAGCAAGCAGCACCCCCCAGCAGUCGCCUGUGGCUUCACCCAAGUGACCUCAGCAUCGCCCUCUCCGCCUCGACUCCCCUCUACCCUCCUGGCCGAAUCAUCCACGUGGUUCACAACCAUCCUCCAGAAACCUGCUUUGGUCAGGAAGAGCCAACAUACUCGGCUCUUUGGGGGGACAACAAGGCUUUCAAUGAGGUCAUCAUAUCACCUGCCAUGCUUAAUGAGCACAUGCCUCUCAUGGUGAUGGAGGGCCUCAACAAGGUGCUGGAGAACUACAACAAGGGAAAAACAGCGUUGCUGUCCGCAGCCAAGAUCAUGGUGAGCCCGACAGAAGUGGACUUGAAUCCAGAGAGCGUGUUCAUGGCUGCGUCCAACACGGCCCAGCAGCCGACGCCUACAGCCCACCAUCGCAGGAACAACAGUGUUCGACAAAAAACAUUGUCACGUUCGUGUGCCCAGUCUGAAAUAUCUCUGGAUGGUUUUUCUGAGUGUCCUCCUCCUCCAGUACCUGUAGUGUUGCGUGGAGCACGAGAGCGCCUCACUGUAGAACUUAAAGACCGCAAAGCUCCCCUGGCUGUCAUGGAAAGCUUGUCAGACGCCGAAUCCGUAUACAGUCUGGAUUCCCGGCGCUCUUCUGCUGCGCUUAGAGGUUCCCCAUUGCUCAGUAGCCUCCCUUUUCCUUUGGAUGCCACCAUUCCAGAAGAGAACCCAUCUCUCAGCUCUCGCACUGAACUACUGGCUGCUGACUGCCUUUGCCAGGCCACACCAGAGCACCUGGGAGAAAUCAGCCCUUUCUUUUCACCGUCAGAUGCUGCAUCCAAACCAGAGUACUCCAUGCAGCUGUCCCCUGCCACGCCUCGCUACAGUGGACAGUAUUCCCCUCAGCCUCUCAUGCCAGAGCAGAACCCAUACCCCCAAAUUUCUGUUGAUGUGCAACAGAUGCCUGGCAUCUACAGCCCAGGUAGCACUCCCGACGCUCCCCUCAGUCCGCAGAUUGCUUCAAGAGCAAUGGAUGGAGACAUGGAUCAGUGGGACUAUUGCCCAGAGACCAGACAGGUAAACACUCCUCCACCCCAGCUAUCCAAUGGAAACCCCAGCAGAACAGUACUAGAAUUCGCCCAGUAUUUGGACUCUUUAUUCAGGUUAGAUGGCAGCAGCUCACCGCCGUUGGAUCUCUCUGACGGUGAGUCUGAGUCAGGACGUGGCUCCCUCGGGCAUGUCGAAUGUUUAGCAGACGUACCGGAUGACAAACAACUUCUGGCCAGGGCAACUCUGGAGCCCAACCUGGUCCCUAAGCCCCCACGCACUUUUGCCGGAUCGGCUGAUCCUUCCUCUGGCAUCUCCUUGUCACCCUCCUUCCCUCUCUCAUCUUCUGAAGAACUAAAUGACCUUUCACCCGGUGAGGGAGUUCCACCUGCCAUGCAUUCGCUACGAACACCUCCCCCUAUCCACUGUCCUGAGGAAAACACUCUGUCUUCUAUGGUGUAGUCAACUCUAUAAGCUACUCCGCAAUGAAGAGGUACAGUUGUCCCAGAUUUAAAAACAUAUCACACUAUGUGCAUGCAAUGGAAUGUUGUCACUCAUCAGAGAUCUAUGGACAGAGCUUGACUCUCCAGCUUUCAAAUAAUUUCCAUUCUUCAGGUGUCCUCCCCCACCUGAAAUAUGUUUAUAGCAUUUUCACACUAUUGCAAUGACUGCAAAAAAGAUACCUCUCUGCAUGCCAGGGGGCUGUGCUGCUUUUGGGUGGACAAGAACAACUGUAGCUACAUAAUGCCGUUCCAAAACAAGUCGUGAGACGUCUCAACAUAUGUUCUAACUCCACUUUAACGAUACCAGGAGUAGUUACCUUAUCCUAGCAGGGAUUCAAAAACUAACACUGUAGAAAGAGCCAGUUUGCAAAGGCGCAUCUUCUCUGGUUGGUGUACUCUACAUUUUGCACCCUCAGCAGCUUCAGAAUAGUUUGUUUUUUUCCUCUUGCAUUAUAUUUUUUACUCUUCAAUCAGGAAUGUGAAGAUGGACAUAUGUCAUUCGCUGUGACAUGACACAAUGUUCCUCAGGUCUAUUCAGAGUUGGUGUUAAGAAAAGAGAUUGUGUGUGUAUGGGUAAAGUCACGUGUCUUAAACAUUUAGUGAUUGUGACAAAAGUUAAUACGGACGCCUAUGGAUGUUUUUAAACUUUUUGGUUACUCUUUAUAGCGCAUGAUAUUUAUUUUGUAUUUCUUUUCAAAGAGAACUCGUCAUCAAGCCACUUGGGCUGUGUCUCAAAUUGAACACUUCCGUCAGUGCACUCCAAUAUGUACACUAUGCCACGUUGCCAACUCAGUAAUGAAAGUUUUUAAAGGAUGUCCUAAAAUCUGUAAGAAGGGGUUAAGUGACAUCAUUCAAUUUGUAUAAUAUGCUCUUACGCAACAACUUUGCGAAUGACUUGACCCUCUAUUUCCGAUCAACAUUUGCAAUAAACGUGAUUGUUCUGACACAUCGAUUAGUUCUAGCUCCAAUAGCUCUUCGUCUCUUUUUAAUUCCCACUGCACGGAAGCUAACACGCCAGUAAAUCAGGAAGAGUUGUGGUUGCUCGCUGAGUUUACUAUCUGAAAAACACUGCCACCUAUGUUUUGGCAGAGAAUUGCACGUCACAUUUAAUGGAUGGAUGGAGCUAUACAAUGAUCAACGUAUAUAGGCAAGAACAUAAUCCAGGUUUAAGAAUGAUACAUAUUUUUACAUGAGAAUCUCCAAUAACGUCAGAAAAAAAUCGCUAGUAGGGAUAUAGGUACCCAUUUUUAUUAUAUUAUUAAUAUUGUUUAAAACAAUACAAUACAAUGUACUACUAAAAACUACAAUAAUUUCAUUAAGUAAUGUAAUAAUGUAUAGUAUUUACCUUAGAGCAGUGGUUCUUAACCAGGGUUCGAUCGAACCCUAGGGGUUCGGUGAGUCGACCUCAGGGGUUCGGCAGAGGUCAAAACACACCCGACUCUUCGUGUAAAUACAAACUUCACCCUGUUGGCAUAUUACGGAUACGGCAACAGCUGAUUGAUUUGCAGGUGCGUAAUUUGUUGUGAGUUUAUUCACUGUCUUAGUUUUGUUGUUUGAACAAAGUGAUGUUCAUGCACGGUUCAUUUAGUGCACCAGUAAAAAAAAUAUGGUAACACUUUAGUAUAGGGAACAUAUGCACUAUUAAUUAGUUGUUUAUUAACAUGCAAAUUAGUAACAUAUUGGCUCUUAACUAGUCAUUAGGUACUAAUAAAUGCCUUAUUCGGCAUGGCCUUAUUAUAACCCUAACCCUCUAACCCUGACCCUAACCCAAUAAAUAUAAAUUAAGUGUUUAUUGCUUAGAAUAUGUUCCCCUAGUGUCCAAAAAACUCUAAAUUAAGUCUUUGUUACUUAGAAUAUGUUCCCCAUACUAAAGUGUUGCCAAAAACAUACAACUUUGUCUUGAAAUUGAAAAAACUAUUUUUUUAAUUUUUCACUAAAGAAGGGUUCAGUGAAUGCGCAUAUGAAACUGGCAGGGUUCGGUACUUCCAACAAGGUUAAGAACCACUGCCUUAGAGAGUGGACUUUUAGGGUAUCUCUUGCGAGCUGCUUUUCCAUCACACAUACUAUCAAUAUUUUCUCCAUAUUUUCAUGGAUAAAUGUCCUUUGUUUAAAAAUGAUUUUAACAGCUUAAGCUGGUGUUAUUUUAAUAUGUAUGGAUUCAUUCUGCCUUAGUGCUUGCACUGCUUCGCCAGGACAGGUACACAAAGACCUCAGUAAUGUUGCUCCAUGAUUUUUUUUCUUUAAUUCAACAACUAUCAUCUGCUUCUUCUCAGCGCUGUCCUUCCCCACUCACGUUCUUUGUUCCCUUGCAAGUGAACAAAGAACGUGAGUGAGUUUGUAAGUGAAACAUAUAAUGUUUCACUUACAAACGUCAAACGGGGUUCAAUGGGGAAAAUCCAAGUUUUUGCUUGCAACUUAAAGCAUAAAAAUAAGUUGAAGGACAGCUCCUAUUCAAGAAACUUGUACGGCCAGGUACCAAUAUAUUUGAUUAGAAUUUUACAGCACCUUUCUAGACACUCAAAACGCUUUACACUGAAAACCCAUUAUCCAUUCACACAGCGAUGGUGGUAAGCUCCACACUUUGUAUCCACAUCUACCUUGGGGUAGACUGAGGCAAAUGUGGCAGCCAAUUCGCACCAACGGCCUCUCCGACCUCCAUUAAAAAUCAAUUCACACCCGUACACCAGUGUGGGCUGCACUGAGAACUAGGAGGGCGCAGCAGUCACAGGAACUGUUAAAGUUGUGUUUAAAACUACCAAACCCUCCAGUUUCUGGACGACUCACUCUACCUCCAUAGCCGCUGCCACCCAAUAUAAGUGGCAACAAUAAUACUUAGUACUUUAUUUUUGAGGGCACAUGUUUGUUUCUAUCCUUGUGCAACCACCGGAGAUGACGAUCGCAAUAAUUAUCCACUUUUUUUUCCCUUCUUCUUCUUCUCCCCUUCUAAAUUGUGAACUGCAAGCGCUCUAGUUCGUCCCUACCAUUCCACUUUCUAGCCAAAAUGGCGAUUAUUGAGGGUGGUUAGGCUCCAAUGUUGCACACUCAUGGAUGUAAUUUGUAGUGGGGGCUUGUACCCAGCACUAUUUCAAAAAGCAGUUUUUAUCCCCUGCACCUUUUAAGGUCCAAAAAUGUCAUGCUAUUGAAUGGAGACAAGUCAAACACUGGCGCCAGGUGGGAAAACGGACGCUCCAUCGGAAGCUCGUCACUUUUAGACUGCUUGUUGAUUGGCUUUCUAGGGCUGUCUUCUUGCCAACCUGACAAUGAUUGACAGAACACGCAAUCAGAUAUUACAAAUAAGUAAGACGUAUUAAAAACCAGUUAGGUACACCACUCAAAGGUAGUUACUGUAUGCUGUCGACUAAGACUUGCCCUUGACGAAUAGGACGCAAAUUGCAGGGAAAGUUUUUGCCAUUCUUGGUAUCAGAAAGUAUCAAUCUUGGUUGCAGUGGGCUUGUUUGAUUCCCAGGCAGAGCGUUAAAACAAUUUUGAAAAACCCAAGCAAAGUUAUUUAUUUCAUUGUUGUUAUUUUGUACAAACUCUAAAUUAGUGUACAAUCACUUAUAGUACUCCAAAACAUCUAAUCCCUUCAAAACGUGCGGUGUACGCGAGCCAGCCACUUCUGAAAUCCAAAGUUGGUCCCUGGUUAGGCUCCGAUGUUGCACAAUCACCAUGUGGGCCGUGUUAAAUGCAGAACCCGGGAACUUGCCGUACUUCUCCGAGCCUUGGUACGGAAUUGUGCGAGUUGAGACACAGCCUAACUCGACUGACAUUUGGGCACUCUUGGGCACAUUAUGUAUGCUCAGGCCCCCUCUUUGCCAAAUAAAUGAUUACAGUGAUAUUGCCAAAUGUAUUUUUCUGAUGUACUUUUUGUAUAUGUUUACUGCUUUAUUUGAGCUAUGUUUACUAUCUCCUACCCCGCUCAUUCCCAUGUAGACUGUUACAUGCCACAGGAAAGACGUCACCUGACUUUUCAUGGCUUUCCGGUCAACAACCACGACCCCCGGACGUGUGUUUUUGUCGACAUUCUGGCCGCAAUAAACCCUCUAGCACGUAGUUGUCUUUCACCCCUUAGCAACCGUACCUCUCUUUUGAGGCGUUUUACUAACACGAAAGCUACCGUAAUCGCGCCAUAUCGAAGUCCUCUCCCGACCGUGCAUCCUCCAAUUGUCCCCAGGAUGUAAUUUUUCUCAUUCUCAAGGUGCUCUCAGACAUGACGGACGUCAGGUGUUUUGCUUCCCUUUAAUCUGGUCCGCCUCGUUCUUCCUUGAGGUCGGACUGCGUGGAUAAAUGAGCGGGCAACAAUUCUACACACGUGGCAGACUAUCUUCCCUAUGGGGGUUAACAGGAAGGCUCACCACUUGCAUUAUUUAUUACCAUAAACUAUUUUCACUUUUAUUGCUGUAUUUGAUGGUGUUGUUAUCCUUAUUGAUAUUGCAAAUAUUGGUUUGAUAUCAGUGUUUUUUUAUUUCAUUUGAUAGUGAAUCAUUUUUUAAAACAUUCCCAGUAUAAGAAUUGUGAUUUUUUUUUUUUCUCCGUUUAAGUGGAAAGGUAUUUGACAUACUGCCAUGACAUUUUUACUAAUGUUCUGUAGUGGUGAGACAUUCUGCAGAAUGACCUUUUGUGCAAUGCCCAGCCCGGAGUCGCCAUGGUGAUGUGUACAGUUUUUGUUGGGAACCAGAGUUUUUACUCGAAUCUUGCCAGAUUACGGACACUGCACAGAUAAUAUUGCCAGUCCCACUUUUUUCUCUAUCUCUCACACUCUCACACACACACAUGCACUUUGGUUACACACCCGUUUCGUAGUUUAGCUUUCAGCCAGUCAAAGCAAUGUGUACAGCACCAUUUUCUGUGUCUAAUUAUGUAAGCAGAUGUCUAAAACAAAUAAUGGAUUCCAAUAGUCAUGUAGAGAGCAACUAUAUUUAAAAAAAAGAGAGAGAAAGUAUAUCUCUAUAUUUAAAACAUCAGUAUUGACAGAGUAUGAGAAAUAAUUCAUCAGAAAAUUAUUUAUUUUAACUUGUCAAAUCUCCAAAUUGGUCUAUGAGCUCGGAAUAUUUCCAAAUAUGUAGUGUCCAUGUUUACCUGGUCUGCUUCUUUCCUCUCCUGUCCCCAAUGAGAAUGUAUGUGAUCCCUUACCUUACUGAAACUUUGCCUGUUAUGGAAUAAAUUACAAACCAUGAAAAGAA